AUGUUAACAGUCAAUGGCAAAGAGUAUAAACUGUUUCUUGUAGAUUUCACUGGAAUAAAGAAGCUCAUUCAAGAGUUGUUUUCACAUUAUGACAAUAGACUGACACCAAACCCGCCAGAAGGAGGUUCAACAAACGUGUCGGUACAAAUCCUCGUCACUAGUAUUGACACAAUAAGUGAAACAAACAUGGACUUCUCAAUAAGUAUGUUUCUAAGGCAAAGCUGGAGUGAUUCUCGAUUAGUAUAUACACCUGUUAACACCAUGAGAUCCCUUGAAUUAGACACAGCCUCCAUAGAAAAAGUGUGGAUACCUGAUCUUUAUAUUCCAUCCGAGAAAAGAGCAAUGGUGCACCAUGUUACGGUUCCGAACAAACUCAUGCACGUUUUUCCUAAUGGCAAAAUUCAAUAUAGUCUCAGGAUUUCAGCAACUGUUAAGUGCAACUUUGACCUACGGAAGUUUCCGAUGGAUUUACAGCAUUGUUUCGUAGAAAUGGAAAGCUACGGAUAUACAACGGAUACAUUAAGGUUUGAGUGGGAUGAAAAAUCAAUAAAUAUAGACAAAAGCAUGAAGAUCCCGCAAUUUUACUUACAGGAACUGACCACUAGACAAUGUGAUAAAACCUAUUUCGAAGUCGGUUUCUCCUGUGUCAGAUUUGAUUUCUGGAUGCAGAGAAGCAUGGGAUAUUAUAUAACUCAGGUGUUCAUCCCAAGUAUUCUGAUAGUGUUUCUAUCUUGGGUGUCAUUUUGGCUCGACAUAGACGCAGUGCCAGCACGAAUAUCUCUGGGUCUUCUUACUGUACUCACAAUGACCACACAAAGUUCCGGUGCGAGAAAUAAUCUCCCAAAGGUUUCUUAUCUGAAAGCUAUUGAUGUUUGGAUGGCCGUAUGUUUGGGAUUCGUCUUCCUUGCCUUAGUUCAGUUUGCCUACGUAAACCUUGAUGUUCGCAGAAUAAUGAAAGAAGACCGUGAAAAGGCGAGAAAUGUUGAUAGAGUAUCCCGCAUUCUGUUCCCUACAGCAUUCCUAAUCUUCAACAUCGUUUACUGGUUUACAUACAUAUUCUGGGAACCGAAAAGUGAAUGACUAUAACCUGUCAACUAUCUGGAUAAGCAUUAAUGCAUCUUAAAUAUUUUAUAUACAAUGCUUUUUAUACAUACUUUAUAUAUAAUUUAAAACAUAAUUAUGUACAAAUGCAUGCAUUUUGUCUAUAUUACAUGUAGAUUUUUCGUGUUUCUUAUUUUGUCUGACAUUUUUUCAGGAUGAUACAAAAUUCAUUAUACAUGUGUCUGUAAGUUUAUGUUCAAAAUUAUUUCAGAAACUGUUAACAAUUUAUAAUACGGGGGUUAGAUCUAUUGUUUUGUUUUUGGAAAUGUCACCUUUAUUCGCAUCAUCGCGAUUUUCCUGACUAGUGUGUACCUUCGCAGUUAAAUUUAUUCUCAUUAUCACGAAUCAAACACAGAUACAGACAUACGUAUAACUAAACCAUUUUGCGAUUUUUAACUAACUCUAUUCUCGUCGGGCGCAUAUAUAUUUUUUUAACCGCCAAAAAUAAGAAAAGCCUGAAAAGCCAUGAGGAUUACACGAUGAACACAGAAUAUUAAACAGCUCGAGAAACAUGGCAUAAAUGGCAGCCAAGUGACAUGAUAUGUAAGUAAUUUCCCGCCACUGCUUGGACGGAGAAUGAAUGCGUAACGUAUACAGUCACAUAGACAAAGUUUCAUACGAAGUAGUGUAUUACAUACCUCGCCCAUUUAUCUAGCGAAAUGUAACAACAAAAGACCUAUUAUAAACAAUGUACUGUGAGCGGAGCAUUAGUAAUAAACGUACAUUCGUUAGUAUUCACGACAAAAGGGGGCACCUGGUCUGGAAAAGGAUUCAAUUGACUUCGAAUCACCUGCUCCCGCCUAUGUCUGUUCAAGCUUGCAGUAUGGCUUUAUAUGUGUCUUUGUUGAAAAACAAUCUAAAUGGAUUGAAAGAUGAAUAAAUAGAUUCAUACAAUGAUAUUCUAAUUACCUUUGACUUUACAAAAAUGCCUAAAACUUGUACUUACGUGAAAGUCGCUUAUUUAUAAAGUGGCGUAAAACUUUCUCCAUAUUUCAAAAAAAAAUACGUUUACUUAACAUUG